AUGAAUACUCAGUCCGAUAAUCGUCUUGCAACCUCUAAUAUACCAAUAAGACAAUGGGUAACAAGAAUCACUUUUUGCGCCGCCAUUGUGACGGUCGAAUGUUAUGCAAAGCUAUGCCCUGCGUCCGGACAAAGAUGGAGCGAUACCGAAUUGCUCGUAGCCAAGAUGAAUAGCGGCGAAGAUUGCCAACAAUCGAGAUGCUGU